AUGAAGUUCGGCCUUCUCGCCCUCGCGCUGGCUCAUGCCCACAUUUCUUCUGCCCUUAUCCUACCUUUCAAACAGGCCAGACGGUCAGCACCCGUCAGGCGAAGUGGGCUCACCUCGGUACACACUGUUCAGCCUCCGAAGGGCAUCAAGAACAUCAAAGUCUUUGCUGCGUCGGGCCAAUCAUCAGGUAGCAAUCUGGACCUUGACACCGUACAUGACCUCCUUUAUAUGGCCAACGUUACAGUUGGCGGCCGUGAUUAUCCCAUACAGCUGGACACUGGCUCUUCGGACUUGUGGAUAAAGGGCCCAUCAUCUCCACUACCUAACGCUGAAGUGACCACAAUUGACUACAACCUCACGUAUGGCAUCGGCUGGGCAUAUGGUCAUGUAGCUUAUGCUGAUGUUGAGUUUGCCAACAUUGGAGUGAAGAAACAAGCCUACUUGGACGUGUCAUCGGCGCAAAACCCUGCACUGUCAUACGGUGCUGUUGGCAUCCUUGGCCUUGGGUUCACUUCACUAUCAACAGUAGAUGCACUGGUCAAUAGGUCUGGAGCGGACACCGGACGGAGUCUUCUCUACAAUCUCUUCGAGGACAAUCCUUCGGAACCUAACUUUAUUGCAUUUGCUCUUCAACGGAGCACACAUGCAGAUAACGAGGUCGAGGGAAGCUUUUCCAUUGGCGAAUACGAACCUGACUACGCCCAUGUCGCGGAGAACCCGGCGAUCCCUACGUUCCCGCCCACCUCUCCCAAACGAUGGAACAUCUUGUUAGACGCUCUUCUCUUCCCUGAUCGUUCCGUCAUCCCCAACACCACGGUCUCAGGAGCGCCAGGCGGCAGAGCAGUUAUUCUCCUUGACAGUGGAACAUCUUACACUUACGCCCCCAAGGAAAUCUGCGAUGAAAUUUACGCCAACGUUCCCGGUGCGAAAUAUGAUCCCUCUAUGGGCCAGUGGGUUGUUCCUUGUUCCGCAGAAAUCAGCAUCGCGCUACAAAUAAACGGACAAGUCUUCCCCAUUCACCCUCUUGAUGUCACGCCCGCCGGCCUUGUUGAUCCCUCGCAGUGUGUUGGCUCUUUCGUCCCUCAAACAGUUUCAGUCGGCUCCGGCGAGUUUGACUGGCUUGUUGGCGAUAACAUCCUCCGUUCUAUCUACUCAGUCUACGACUUUGGUGACUUCGACGACUCCGGAAAGAUGGGCAACCCCUACGUCAAACUGUUGUCUCUCACCGACGCUAACAAAGCCUCCGUCGAAUUCCACAAAGUCCGUGGCGGCGCAGCAAGGAACGACAUCUCAUUCACCGCCGCCAAUGUUGGUGCCUCUGAUGGAUCAACUACUAUCACACUCUCUGCAAAACUCGCUGACACCCUCGACAAAGUCGGCAAAUACUUCCCCGCUAUGUUGGGUGUUGUUGCAUUGAAUGCCCUCGUCCUGCUCGGACUCAUUGUACUCGGGAUCGUUUUCCUUUGCAAGAAGAAGAAACGCCGCUCUGCCGCACCCGCUCGCACACCCCUCGGACGUUUGACACCUAUGCCGAUGGACGGACAACAACUCAGCGAUAGAGGCUCAUCACGACAUAUGUACGAGCCCGUGUCGAUGGCACUGACCGAAGACACUAUGAUGGUUACAUCCCCUGGUUUCAAAGUAUUUGACGGGGAUGUCAUACGACCGGCAGAUCGUCCCAUGUCCAUGAUGCCUUCCAACUCUCAAUCUAGUACCCAACCAUUCCCCGUCUCAUCGUCAGGAGCCGACGCUGUUGACGAUAACAUCUUCCUCCCACCAUCUCCCGCGUUCAAAAGCCGACCGCGAUCAGUAGCGUAA